AUGGGCCUUGCCGUUCGGCAAGGCCAGCCAAUUUACUCCCUUGCCGUAUUUGUAGGUGGUGACUCAGGGUUCGGGCUUUUCAACAAGUGGGACUUGGGCUUAGGAGGCUGGGUGCCUUGGAGCUGGUCUCAUGAGCACGGGCUGUGUUUAGUCACGGCUUGGGCAAGUCUUGGAUCUGAGGAGGAGCUGAGCUUCACGGUUCUUGGUGUCGUGAUCUUGGUUGCGGUGAGCUUGACUCGCAAGUGGGAACUUGGAACUAGGAGCUGGGCCUUGAAGCUGGACCAUGAGCUUGCUUCAGCAGGUUUGAGUAUUGGCCAAGGUUGUGAGGAGCUAGGCCAUUUGGAGCUGUAG